UCAUAGUUGUACAAGGUCAAGGAUGUUAACUAUACUCUCGGCUUUAUUGUUUUUCUGUUUUCUUUCGCUGUUGGAGCAUAUUUUUCGAUCUCUUUUUACCCUCCGGUAAAAAAAUCGCCGAAAAUCAAGUUCAGCCAACCGUCACCCAUGUAGUUCGGAGCUUUCCCUGCGUCUCAAAAAUGCACCUGCUUCUUUCUUAAUUCGCGGCUUAAUCAUCAGUACGUUAGAGGUCCGCGAUGAGUAUAAAAGUUUUACAAUGGUUCCAGCCGGGAAAAUCUAUUCGCAAAUCUUUUAAGUGUUAUGUGAUAGUUGCUGCAAUCAGUUUUAUAAUGUGCGUGUUUGUAUUUAUCAACCGGCGAUGUGUCUUGCCCACGUGCAGCUUCCAUAAAGUACUCGAAGACGUCAAAUGGAGCAGUGGAAAAGCUGAUACGAGCUCCACGAAAUAUAUUUUAUUCUAUACCAAUUUCUGGCACUACAUCAACUGGCGGCUUCCAUCAGAAACAGUUGGCCCGGAAUACUUUCGGCAGAAUAAUUGUCCGGUGACAGAUUGUUGGGCCACCACGAACCGAAAACUGUUAGUGGAAUUGACGGACUACGAUGUUCUAGUGUUUCACAUGACAGAAAGUUGGAUACAGUCAGGUAUGAUGCAAGGCCCGGCUGUGAGAUCUCCAAAGCAGAUAUACGUGGCCGCUACAGCCGAAUCACCACCGUACAUUCUGCGUAUGGUUGAGAAUGAUGUCGAUUUUUAUAACUGGACUAUGAGCUAUCGUCUGGAUUCCGAUAUAAGAUGGUACUACUUAAAAUUUAUCUCUCUGAAAAGUGGCUUACAGGUAAGCCCUACAGAGGAUCCUCGAUGGGAGCCAUGGAAUAAUAGCUACCGUAAUGAAUUGCUUCUGGCCAAGACGGACAAAAAAACUAAAAUAGGGGCACAAUUUUCAUCCAAAUGCGUUUCUUUUUCAAACCGAGAAACAUUGAUCGAACGCAUUAGGAAGCUCAUGGAGAUAGACGUUUACGGGAAAUGUGGCGAUCUACAGUGCCCUAGAAGGUCAGAGGAAUGUGACAAAAUGCUCGAAGACAACUAUUGGUUUUAUUUUGCGUUUGAAAAUUCGCUUUGCAAGGAUUAUAUAUCGGAAAAGUUAUACCGUUCCAUGCGUCAGUUUAUAGUACCGGUUGUCUUUGGAGGAGCAGAUUAUGCAAAAUUCGCACCACCACACUCCUACAUCAACGUAGAAGAUUUUGAAAGCGUCGAAAAGCUGGUAGAGUAUUUGCAGUACCUGGUGAAGAACCCUGUAGGGUAUGUAAAGUACUUUUGGUGGAGGGAGCACUACAAGGUUGUGGAUACAGCCGAAAUCAUGGAGGAACCUUUAUGUGAAAUGUGCAAAAAGCUGCACGACGUCGAUGGCCAACAGAAAGUUCAAUACUAUCGAAACAUCAAAGCGUGGUGGUUUGCCGAAGUUUGUCGAAAAGAAACGAAAAUCAAAUUUUAAAAUUAUCAAUAAAACUGUAAAUUGACAAAAUGAUUAAAUUGCUCGAGAAUUGAUCAAUGUAUAUGAGAACGACAGAAAGCAUAAGUAGCUACUUCGGAAAAUUUGAACUCUUCUAUGCUAAGAAUGAUCUUCAAAAUAUAAAUAAAACAUUCAAUAU